UCAGGUUUGUUUAUGCACUGAAAAGCCAAAAGCGUAAUGGCGCCGGACAGGUUGUGAUGAGCUAGCGGGAAUAGUAAACGAAUCGACCUACACCCUCGGAAAGAGUACGUGGUGAAAUAAGUAAAGAAACCUAAGCUAAAUUGCUCAUCGCGAAAAUGCAGAUCACUUUGAAAACCCUCCAGCAGCAGACAUUUAAAAUCGACAUAGACGAAGAGGAGACGGUAAAAACCUUAAAGGAAAGAAUUGAGAAUGAGAAGGGAAACGAUGGUUUUCCGGUUGCAGGGCAGAAAUUGAUAUAUGCAGGGAAAAUCCUAAAUGAUGACACUGCUAUCAAGGACUAUAAGAUUGAUGAGAAGAACUUUGUGGUUGUCAUGGUGGCAAAGCCUAAAGCAGCAGCUGCCCAGCCUUCCGGUUCUGCCGCCACCACCUCCUCCAGCACUACAGCCCCCACUGUACCCACGGCUGCCUCGCCAGGCUCAGAUAACCCACCAGAGGGGUCCAAACCAGCCGAGGAGAGGCCCUGCAGCACUUCAGCACCAGCAUCAACCCCCACCAGUUCCUCUGGUCUAUUGACAAAUGUGAACAUGUUCGAGGAGGCAACUUCUGCUCUGGUGACAGGCCAAUCGUAUGAGAACAUGGUGACAGAGAUGAUGCUGAUGGGCUACGAGAGGGAGCAGGUAGUGGCAGCGCUCAGAGCCAGCUUCAAUAACCCAGACAGAGCUGUGGAGUACCUGCUUACAGGGAUCCCAGCUGGGGAGGAGAGCCAUGCGGGUGCUGACCCAGUGGUGCCCUCUGUGGGUGGAGGAACUCCAGCUCUCAACACAGGCAGUAUGACAACCCCCGCCAGCGUUGCAACAGGAGCCAAUCCUCUGGGGUUCCUGGUUAACCAGCCUCAGUUCCUCCAGAUGAGACGGAUCAUCCAGCAGAACCCCUCUCUGCUCCCUGCCUUACUACAGCAGAUAGGGAGGGAGAACCCCCAGCUUCUGCAACAAAUCAGCAGCCACCAAGAGCAGUUUAUCCAGAUGCUGAACGAGCCAGCCCAGGAGGGGGGACAGGGUGGUGGUGGUGGUGGAGUGGGGGUUGGUGGGGAGGCUGGAAGUGGCAUGAACUACAUCCAGGUCACACCCCAGGAGAAGGAGGCCAUUGAGCGGCUAAAAGCCCUAGGAUUCCCAGAAGGACUUGUUAUACAGGCCUACUUUGCCUGUGAGAAGAACGAGAACUUGGCUGCUAACUUCCUUUUACAACAGAACUUUGACGACGACUAGAAAGGAAGCCAUGAUAGUAAUUUUGAUCCUUUUUUCCCCCUCUACUUUUUUGAUUGAUCAAUAUCUCAUAAAAACAUGGGUCUUCACGGUUUCCUGAAUUUUCCUACAAAUACAUGAUACAUCUUCUUGGUAACAGUGGAUCAUAGUUUUUGUGAGAAAUAAAAGCUUUUUCUAAUCACCUUAAUGGUUGAAUUGAGUACCAGCUACUUAGUUCAUCAGAUCACCAGUGUACUACCUGUUUUUAUUUCAUUCAGCCAAAGACCAACAUGAUUGUUUCUCACAAGGAAAUAAAUACUGGUUUAAAGGGUUGAUCGCAGAAUGUUGUUUCCCAAUGUUGUUAUAAAAGAGGAGAUUGAAUGUGAUUGGGAGGUUUAUGGUAUAUUCAUUCCUAUACAUAAUUGUUCUUGCUUUUUUUCUGUCUCAAUUUACCAGUAUAGGGAUCCCAGUACAUAAAACAAAUUGCAAUUUGAAAUUAGUGGAAGUUUUUAAACGAGCAACAUUGUUAACUUUUAAAUUUGUAUUAAACUUCUGACAUGAACUUCUAGAGAAGUGUGAUACAGCGUCUAAAAUGAGUUGCCAUGGCAACAGUACAAAUAUGGGAAGUACUGAUGUAUUUUCAUGCAACCUGAAAAAAGAAAUUGAACCUAGUUCUUUGUCAUCCAGAGGCAUGUAUAUGGUUUCCCUUGCUUAUAGUAGCCUAGUGUUUACAGUUACUAUCAACUUGAUUUACUGUCAUUUUUACAUAAAUAAAACUUUUCAACAUGAAUAAUGCCCAAUUUGUGUUGGUGGGGGUAAAAACCUCCUAUUGACUUAACAGUUAACCCCAUGAAUAAUACUCAAGACUAGGAAUAUGAUAUUGUUCUUAUUUAAAAAUGCAUUUUGGUCAGGUUCUGUACCACCAUAGUCUUCUACACGACAGUCUUUAUCUAAUUGGUAUGCUGUCAUCUGAAAACCCAUGACAAUCGGUGAAAGUGGCAAACAGGCAGAAUUUGUUCUGACUUGCCUAGUUAAAUGAAGGUAUAAAAAACAAUGCCUACAUGAGAGGAAGCCAUGCGACCAUACUCGAUGACAUGUAAACAAUCCUCCCUCCCCGAGCAGACUGUUCUACAUAGACCAGCAGGGGGCAGUAUUGACCAACAUACAUUGAAAUGCUCGAUCCAGACCACUGGGUGUGUGUGAGAACCGGCGUUCCACAUGUUUAAUGUCACUUGACACUCAAUGAAAUACAUUUUUGACUGACUUAACUACGCUUGGUACAUUAUUGUACUGUGAGAUGUGUUCCGUUUGAAAGUGAAGUUCGGCAUCGUACAUCUGUGUUGCUUAUUGACAUUUCUAUAACGAACUUUGGCAAUUAAAUAUCUAGUGUUUUAUUAUUUUCAAGGGUUUGAUAUUUUGUGAUUUAUGACCAUUAAAUGAGCCUUCUCUGUUUCCA